GGAGCAGAUCCGGUGGCGUUUCCUGUGUUUGUAAACUCAAAGAAAUUGGAACUCGGGCGACGAACCACGACAGACGAGGAAAAUUUAAGUUUUAGUGCUAGAUGAGUGAGGUGGGUGUGGCCUCCCGUCAGACUGACCAUCCUGAUUGACGGAUUCCUGGAUGACCUUGUCCCCGCCCCUGUCCCCGCCCUCACAUAUACCGUUCCCACUGCAAUGUCACACCUGCCCAGCAGCUCAGUCCGCGACCAUAUGAAAUGGGCGGGGUUGCUUGGCUGUGAGGCUGUUCUCUCCAGUAUGGCCCUGAUGCAGGCCAGCUCCAUGGCCGGUCCGCCCAAGAAGAUGAUGGCGCCACUCGGCCAUGGACCACCGCCCCAGAGGGAUGGCCCAGACCGCGGUCCUCAGAGCCACAUGAUCCUGCCAUCUGGAAUGAGCUGUCCACCCCUGCUUAUCCGGAAGGAGGGCGACUUCCACACCCCCCGCCUGCUGGACGAGAAGGAGAUGAGGGCCAACGAGGACAUGCAGCUGAAAAAGAAGAACAGGAAGUCAGGAACGCCCUGUAAAGUGAGAGAGCAAGACGGGAGGGGAGGGAAGGUGGUUGUUGUGGAUGAGAAUGGUAACUGUCCAAUAUCUAAAGUGCAGAAAAACUUCAUCUGCAAUCACUGUUAUGGCGCAUUUAGGAGUGGAUAUCACCUGAAGAGACACAUCCUCAUUCAUACAGGGGAGAAGCCGUAUGCUUGUGGCAUAUGUGGCAUGAGGUUUAUUCAGCGUUACCACCUGGAGAGACACAGCCUGAUUCACACGGGGGUGAAGCCGUACGCUUGUUCCAUGUGUGACAUGAGGUUUUUCCAGCGUUACCACCUGGAGAGACACAGCCUCACUCAUACGGGGGUGAAGCCGUACGCAUGCAACAUGUGUGACAUGAGAUUCUUCCAGCGUUACCACCUGGCGAGACACAGCCUCACUCAUACGGGGGUGAAGCCAUACGCUUGCAACAUGUGUGACAUGAGAUUCUUCCAGCGUUACCACCUGGCAAGACACAGCCUCACUCAUACGGGUGUGAAGCCAUACGCUUGCUCCAUGUGUGAUCAGAGAUUCUUCCAGCGUUACCACCUGGCGAGACACAGCCUCAAACAUACGGGUAUGGGUCCGCUCACCAUACCCAUCUCACAUAUGUUGGCUACACCAGGAGUGAAGCCGUACGCUUGCUCCAUGUGUGACAUGAGGUUCUUCCAGCGUUACCACCUGGCGAGACACAGCCUCACUCAUACGGGAGUGAAGCCGUAUGCUUGUUCCAUGUGUGACAUGAGGUUUAUUCAGCGUUAUCAACUGGAGAGACACAGCCUCACUCAUACGGGGGUGAAGCCAUUUGGUUGCACCAUGUGUGACAAGAGGUUCUUCCAGCGCUACCACCUGGCAAGACACAGCCUCACUCAUAUGGGUGUGAAACCUUACGCUUGCACCCUGUGUAACAUGAGGUUUGUUCAGCGCUACCACCUGACAAGACACAGCCUCAAACAUACGGGGGUGAAGCCGUACGCUUGCACCAUGUGUGACAAGAGGUUUUUCCAGAGAGACCACCUGCGGAGACACAACGUCACUCAUAUGGCGGUGAAGCCGUUCGCUUGCACCAUGUGUGACAAGAGGUUUUUUCAGCGCCACCACCUGCGGAGACACAGCAUCACUCAUAUGGGGGUGAAGCCGUAUGCUUGCACCAUGUGUGACAAGAGGUUUUUUGAGCGCCACCGCCUGCGGAGACACAGCAUCACACAUAUGGGGGUGAAGCCGUUCGCUUGCACCAUGUGUGACAAGAGGUUUUUUCAGCGCCACCACCUGCGGAGACACAGCAUCACUCAUAUGGGGGUGAAGCCGUUCGCUUGCACCAUGUGUGACAAGAGGUUUUUUCAGCGCCACCACCUGGCGAGACACAGCGUCACUCACAUGGGAGUGAAGCCGUAUGGUUGCACCAUGUGUGACAAGAGGUUUUAUCAGCGCCACCACCUGGCGAGACACAGCGUCACACACAUGGGGGUGAAGCCGUACGGUUGUACCAUGUGUGACAAGAGGUUUUACCAGCGUUACCUCCUGGCAAGACACAGCCUCACUCAUUUGGGGGUGAAGCCAUAUGGUUGCACCAUGUGUGACAAGAGGUUUUACCAGCGAUACCACCUCUCAAGACACAGCCUCACUCAUUUGGGUGUGAAACCUUACGCUUGCACCAUGUGUGACAUGAGGUUUGUUCAGCGCUACCACCUGACAAGACACAGCCUCACUCAUACGGGGGUGAAGCCGUAUGCUUGUUCCAUGUGUGACAUGAGGUUUAUUCAGCGUAACCACCUGGAGAGACACAGCCACACUCAUACGGGGGAGAAGCCAUUUGCUUGUGACAUGUGUGACAUGAGGUUUAUCCAGCGUUACCAUCUGGAGAGACACAAGCGUGUCCACAGCGGAGAGAAGCCUUAUCAGUGUGAGCGAUGUCAGCAGAACUUCUCACGGACAGACCGGCUGCUGCGACAUCGGCGGCUGUGCCAGGGCCGGGGCGUGGCCAAGGUAGAGAACCAGCCGUGCUGCGAGCCCCGCCCUUACUCCCAGGAGCCCCCGCCCGCUCCACCCACCUGGAGCCCCCUUCACCCCCCCCCUGGUCGGCUGGCUGUCUGACUGACAUUCCCCCCAUCCCCAUCCUCCCUCCACACAUACACACACGACCACCAUCUCCCAGAGAGACAAGACAGGCCACCGGGUCUUUGUCACUCAACCCUGCGCUCAGUGGCACCACACUCUGGCAAAGACUGAUCCUGCAACUCCAGUCCUGAGGUUACUAUGACAGCGGGACAGAUGUUUUUGUCUUCUUUUGAGAGCGAGUUUCCUUCAAUAGAUGGUCUCUUUUGUACUUAAUCUAUUUUUUGAAAGUUAUGUUUUUUUAUUAUUUAGAUUUAUCGUUUGUGCUUUUGGUGGUACACUCUGGUAGGGGGGGCAUUACACAAUGGCAAUGAUGAACUGGGAUGGAUAUACAUACAUGCAUACAUACAACACAUGACGUUUGUAGAAAAUGUAGUUUGUGAAAGGAAAAAAAAGGAGUUGUCAGACAAUGGUACAGGUGUCAGAGCUAUAAAACUAAAAAGGGGUUCAUAAAGUUAAUGAUUUUAUGACGGUAUAGGCAAGUGGAGGAUGUCCUAAAAGGUCAAAGAUGAAGUGUCAGGGUAGAGGACGUUGUGGUUCUUGUUGGAUAGAGUUGCUGAUGACUCAGGAAGUGGCAGAGGCAGGAUGACAGCGUUAGCAAGUUCCAUUACACCCUUUAACGGUGUAUUAUGUAUGUACUGAGGUCUAUGGGAGCAGGUCGCAGGCUCUCUUUUACAGUCAGUUCUCAUUCAGAUGUACGUGGAAAACAACGGCACAAGAUGGCAGCUUCAGCAAGUCCCAUUACUUUGUGUUUGUACAGAUCCUCAUGUUGAGAGCAUAGCAGGAGGUAUACACAAUCUUGUGGCCUUAGAGCGUGCUUAUGUUUUAUAUGUUUUGUAUUUGUUUAAUUUGCCUUUUUGUUUUUUAGUUCAUGGUUUAAUUAUUAUCAUAUAUGAUUAUAAGGACAAGCCACUGCCUUUUUAAAAGCUGGGUAUGUUUUUCUGAAGCUGUCACCCUUAUAGAACACUGCUUACUAAAAUGGCACUAAGGCAUAGGCUAAAAUUCCUUCCUCUGUUCUUUGAGAAUUGAUAUAGUGCUGGUUAUUAUUGUUAAUAAUGUAACCCCUCGUGUAAUUAUUCAGGAACCCGGGGAGUUUGACAAUUCCAGUGAGAUGCUAAUAGUGCUAACUUCAAUUUGUCAGGCAGUGCUUUGGCCAGCUAAUGGCCGUACCGAUCAUUUUUCUCAUAGCUAAAUCAACACUUGUUUCACUUUGCUACACACUAACAAAUGCCUUUUACUGAGAUGUGGGGUAGGUGUGUAUAAAGGAUUUCUGUCAUGUUCUUUCAGGGGUUAGCCUUAACUCGAAUAAGAUCUCACUCUUAAAUAAUCAUUGUAGUGUAAAAUGAUAUUGUAAUGAAUGACUGUAACCUGUACUGAACUUUUGAACAUGUCUGUGGUUUACCCCCUCCAAGUGUAAUGGCUACAGAGCACAGAGAUGCUUUAGUUAAUGUCUAUCUACUCUGACGUUUAUCUAUUUUUGUCCGGGUAAAUCAGUGGGUCUAUUGGUGGUGUUCCACAGCAGCCUGUCUGUGGGCUAGUAGAGAAGCUUAGGGGAGGAUCUCUGAAACCUGGUCCUGAGGACCCCCCAAUGUGUGCUGGACUUCACUUAAACCGAAUCAUUGAAUUUAAUUAAUGUUUCUCAAUGUCGCCAGGCUACUACUGUUAGUGAAACCAAUGUACUUUUGUUUAUUUAGUAAUGCAAAAUGUAUAUUCCAGAAAUGUUGUGAUGUACAGUCUGCAGUAGUUAAGAUAUUUAACUGUUUAAUUAUGCCUGAGUGAUUAGAUGAUGCCAUCCAGCAAACAUAGGGGUUUUCUAGUACCAGGGUUAAGAAACGGCAGCUUACUGUAUGAUUUGGCAACCCCUUGCCCCAAGAAAUGUGGAAAGGAUGCCACCUGUAACCACCACUACCCACUAGUGAGGCCACAGGGCAAGGUUGGUUGCCAUUAACUGUUAAAGCCCUCUCAGUUCUGGUCUUUUAAGUAUUGUUCUCAAUCUCAUCAUGGUGAAAAUGCAUUGGAAUCUUUGAGUCUGAUCAGUUAAUACAGUGAGAUUCAUUUUCUUCUAAGGAUCAGACAGGAUGGCGCGGUUAGAGAAGAGCUCCUCUCUCUGCCCUACCGCAUUUUACGAUUCUGGUAAUGUUUCAAGGACCUUUUUCUUCUGAUAAUAUUGUAAACACUGGAGUGAUAAAAACAAAAGAUAAAAAAAUCAUGAAAUAUGGAUAUUUUUCUUUUUCAAAACAGUUCUAGAUUUUAGACUUUAGACAAGCCUCUUACUCCUCAACUUGACGAAGAUGGCAGAACCAUUUGGAUCAGUACUGUAUUGAGAGCCCAGAACGUUUUAGUAAUUUAAAGAUUAGAGGCGGUAGUACCUCAAGAAAAUGACUUUUUUAUACAGGUCCCCUUCUAUUUGUAGUGAAUUAUAUUGAUAGAAAUAUUAGGUAAGCAACAGCAUCUACAUUAGCUAUCACAAGUUAGUAUUUUCUUUGUCUUUAUUAGUCUUGCAUGCAGAGUUAUGGUCCUCAGUUAAGAUGGGAUCUUAUAUUGAUUAUUCUUUUGUGUAAGCAAAAUACGUGCAUAAAAAUACCUUCUUAAAAAAUUACAUUGAUUAUUGUAAAAAUUGGGAAACUAAAUGUACCCUUGUGAUCCAAUUAGUUUUAAUUGUACGGAGUAAGGGGAGAGGCUUCCUACCAUUAUGCUGAAAUAAAAUACUUUAUAAAAGA